AAGGAGGAGUCUGGUUUGAGGAUAACUGGGUAACAUAUUUCUCCGCAACACCACUUGCGCAGCAUUUGGCCUGGACGUGCUUCGAAGUCGACAGUGUCAAGAUGUCUGAGGACAGGGAUAAGAGCACUGACCAGAUGAAGACAUGGAAGGAGAGCAGAGGCUCUCAGAAAGCUGAUGUUCUGACCACAGGAGGUGGUCAUCCCAUUGGAGACAAGCUGAACCUGCAGACCGCUGGACCAAGAGGACCCCUGCUUGUCCAGGAUGUGGUCUUCACAGACGAGAUGGCCCACUUCGACCGCGAACGAAUCCCGGAGAGGGUGGUGCACGCCAAAGGAGCUGGGGCCUUUGGCUACUUUGAGGUCACUCAUGACAUCACUCGCUACUGCAGAGCUAAAGUGUUUGAACACGUCGGCAAGACGACACCCAUUGCUGUUCGUUUCUCCACUGUGGCUGGGGAAUCUGGGUCGGCAGACACGGUCCGAGAUCCGAGAGGCUUUGCCGUCAAGUUCUACACUGAAGAGGGUAACUGGGACCUGACGGGCAACAACACCCCCAUUUUCUUCAUCAGGGAUGCCAUCCUGUUCCCGUCCUUCAUCCACACUCAGAAGCGUAACCCUCAAAUUCACAUGAAGGACCCCGACAUGGUGUGGGACUUCUGGAGCCUGAGGCCUGAGAGUCUUCAUCAGGUGUCGUUCCUGUUCAGUGACCGAGGGUUGCCUGAUGGCUUCCGCCACAUGAACGGCUACGGCUCUCACACCUUCAAACUGGUCAACGCUGAUGGCCAGUCUGUUUACUGCAAGUUCCACUACAAGACCGAUCAAGGAAUUAAAAAUCUUCCAGCGGAGGAGGCUGACCGCCUGGCAUCCACCAACCCGGAUUAUGCGAUCGGAGACCUGUUCAACGCAAUCGCAAAAGGAAACUUCCCGUCCUGGACCUUCUACAUCCAAGUCAUGACCUUCGAACAGGCUGAGAGGUUCCCGUUCAACCCGUUUGAUGUUACCAAGGUGUGGUCCCAUAAGGACUACCCCUUAAUUCCUGUGGGCAAACUGGUCCUCAACAGGAACCCCAUCAACUACUUUGCAGAAGUGGAGCAGCUGGCCUUUGACCCCAGCAACAUGCCUCCAGGCGUUGAGCCCAGUCCUGACAAGAUGCUGCAGGGUCGACUCUUCUCCUACCCCGACACACACAGGCACCGGCUGGGAGCCAACUACCUGCAGCUCCCCGUCAACUGUCCCUACAGGGCCCGCGUGGCCAACUACCAGCGUGAUGGUCCAAUGUGCUUCAGUGACAACCAGGGUGGUGCUCCAAACUACUUUCCCAACAGCUUCGGCGCCCCUGAGUCUCAGCCUCGCUACCUGGAGUCCAGGUUCAAGGUUUCUCCUGAUGUGGCUCGAUACAACAGUGCAGAUGAUGACAACGUCACACAGGUUCGUGCCUUCUACACCCAAGUGCUGAACGAGGACGAGCGUCUGAGGUUGUGCCAGAACAUGGCGGGCGCCCUGAAGGGAGCGCAGCUCUUCAUCCAGAAACGCAUGGUGGAGAAUCUAAAUGCUGUCCAUCCAGACUAUGGAAACAGAGUUCAGGCCCUCCUCGACAAAUUUAAUGCAGAAGCUAAGAAG